CCUACUAAAUCGUCCAUGCGAAGACUGGCCGUAGGUCACUGUUUGGGCAUCGAUUCCUGCAGCUUAGCAACUAUCCACGACCUUCAUGUUUAAGAACUCCCCCGAGCCUCCUCCUCCUACUUCCCAUACCUUUGCGCCCCAGUAAUCGCCCGACUGACGACAAUCAACGAUGGAUACCUCCGGUCCCAAGGCCAUCCUGACGUCCGACAAUUUUCACAAUGUGCAAGAGAUCUCCCGGGCUACCACGCCAGGGGGUGAGCCAGCAGUCAUAAACGGAGACGGUGAGCAGAAGGCCCGGGUUCGCCCCCGUACAUAUCCGUAUUUCAAAUAUCUCCCAUAUCCGAUCGAAAACGAACGUGAGAGGGAACGGUCCCUACGAGAGAUCUUGAAACAGCUUUAUAUCGCGGUGGAAUCGGGCGAUUUCAGUCCCGGGGCAGUACACUGGACGCGGGAGCUCAGAGGAUGGCUAUCACUCAAGUUCGAUCCUACCCGCAAGGAACGGAUCAACCUUGUCAGACUAUACUAUGAGCUGUCGCUGGCCCCUGGAAUCGAUCCAAAUGUUUCCGAGCGGUUUUCGAGCAUGUUCAUGCUGCUAACCAAGCGCAAGCAUUAUCUCAGACCGGUCAAAGAUUUAGUCCUCGACUGGAGACCGCUAUACAGGGAGCUGAAGUCCUUCGUGCUGCCCACCGAAUCGGGGCUUGUCCAUUCGACGAAUCUCAAGCGGAAUGUCAAGACACUGACAAAGCUGUGUGCCUUUGUUCAGCUGUACAUCGACCCAUGCGAGUUGCCGGCGAUGCUGGAAGAGUUCCUCCCUCACUACACGACGUCUUUCUCGGAGGGCGCAUUUGUUGUUGUUGGGUUGAUCAAUCUGCUGCUUCCGACCUCUCCGCCGCCCGAGGAUAGGGAAGAUCUCCUACCACAUCAUUAUUUGCCUACACACUUCCAUCUUUGGUCACUAGUGAGUCGAUCAAAGACCUUCGAUGUCACCUACCUCGACUAUCUUUCCCGGCUAGCUCGAGACUCAUUGCCUGCCAGUCAUAUACCCUUCUCGGAGUAUGGAUUGUUCAGCAAGGAGCAGUCGGCGCUUAUCUUUACAGCCAUUCUCAGGCUAUUGGAGAUCCCAGUCGGGCAGUCGACUUCACCCUACAGUGCCCUUGUCGAUAUCUCCUCUGGACUAGGAAUCAUGCUUGAUCGAGACACGCGGAAGCACCCUGUUGCUCAUCACAUCGCCAGAUGGGUGGUGAUGUCACUCUCCCCCGCAUGCCUUGAGGCUGAAGAGUCCGUCCUCACUCAGCUCGAGGGUCUUAUACAAGCUGUGGAGACCUUCUUUCACCCCUCCAAUUCGGGAGGUUGGACUAAGACGCUGGCCCAGCUGGUGUAUUACCUGGCCGACUUCUUCGUGAUGCGUUGGAAUCGUGAGCAGAGCGGGGAGAUGGAAGUUCCAGAAGAGCGAAGGUUGAACGAGCCCCUGAAACGCCGCUUUGUGCUAUGCCUGCGCGAGGUCAUUUUCAUGGGUAUCUUCGCUAAGAGUGGCACUGCCAUGAGCUUCUCGUUAUCCACCUUGCAAAGCUUGGCCUACCUGGAGCCACAUCUAAUCCUUCCCGGCGCUCUACAGCGCAUAUACCCGUCUCUUCAAGGUCUUGUGGAGGUCCACCGUACAACCUCGUCGCUCCGUGCUCUUCAGGUCCUGUCGCGCAUUAUGUCGAGGACCAAAGGCUACCGCUGCCACAUGACCACUCUGUUGGGACUUGCGCUGCCCGGUAUCGAUGCCAACGACCUCGAAAAGUCUCUGCAUGCGCUGUCAUUCAUCCAGUCCGCAUGCUACAAUAUCCCCAUGGCCGACCUGACAAAGGAAGGAGACGAUGUAAACUGUAACAUGCUUGCAAUGCAAUGGGUUACUGGCGAAAUGGAGCGGAUGGAAGAAGAGGGCGUUGCGGUGCAGCUGAACUACGAAACUGAAUUGGAUGAUGUGACAGAAGAGAUGAUCCUUCGCUCCUCAACAUGCGGGUUCGGAGAUUUCAUCGUCUCAUUUAUGGGCCGUGUCUUUACGCUUCUAGAAAAUCUGCCCGAUGUGACUAGGGUGCGGAACGGAUCUCCCGAGGAGAACAUUGUCAACACUCUCCCGGCCACUUUCAUGCCGCUCCUGUCGUCCCUUUCUCCUGACCUAUACGAUAUUGCUCUGACGAAGGUUGUCGAUUUCGUGUCGAACCAUGUGAUCCACCAAGCUCGGGACGCAAUGGCCUUCAUUUGUAACUCGGUGUGCAAAGUGAAUCCUGAGAAGGCUUUGAAGCGCUUUAUUCCGGUGUUGACACAGGCUAUUCGUACUGAGAUUGAUGACAAUGGCGCCGGAUCAACUAGAACGACCGGAACAGAUGUUCUCCCUCGCGAUCGUGGUCUGGUGUGGAACGUGAGCAUGCUGAGCAUGUGUGUCGUCCAUGUUGGGGAUGCGGUGCUCGCUCACAAGAAAGAACUCUUCGACAUAGCUGCUUACAUGCAGCAGAAGUGUAGGGGAAUUCCAACCGUUCAUAUCUCCAAUUUCAUUCACCAUCUUCUCCUCAAUCUCACGGGGACAUACACUUCAGACUACAAAUUGCAUGAGUCUGAUAUUGUCGCCAAGGGUAUAACCCCUGAGCUAUGGAGCUACCGACAGGAUCCUUGUAAUCUGAAUAUAAAGUGGCAUGUCCCGAAACGCGAAGAACUUGAAUUUGCCGUCGAUCUUUUCCAGAACCAGGCCCAGUCUGCUCUCAAGCAGCUAACGGCACUGACCAACGAGACUUCCACUGUUAAGCGUGAUGGAAGCGGCAAAGAUUGGUCCGAUGAGGUUACCAGAAACUUGAUCCUGCUUCGGCUCAUUCUUUCGGGUAUCUCUGUGCUUUUCGAUUCAAAGGCGGCAUCGACGACAACACUGACCGGGGCGUCUGAUGUCCCCAGUGAUGUUGGCAUGACAGAUAAAGACAUGCCGAGCGACGAUGCUAUGGAGGAUAAUGAUUCUGACGAUGAGCUCGACAGCUCGGAUGAGUCCACUAUUCGGCCAUGCUUCGUAUACCCUACAGGCUAUCCAUUGCUUGAGACCGAUCAGAUGUACGUUACUAUCCACCAGAUUCGAGAACGGGCAGGCUGGGUUCUUCAUGAAGUGCACAGAUUCCUCUCGGACAAGCAAGAGGAUGACGUGCCCUGCUUCGCUGCUCUCUACUCGGCUUACCGGUCCUGGUUUUCCGACGUUGGAAUCGAGAAGUCCGCCCAUGUUCUCGACAGGGUGACCCGUCUCCUUGCGGCCGACAUACAUCCGUAUAAGAUGAGCGGCAUCCGCAAGGAUUAUCCGCGCCCUCUUCUCGUCCGCAGAGCCAACGUGUACCACUUACAACGCUUGAGGAACAACGCAUCACCUCGACGUCGGUCUAAACUCGAUGAGAUCUUGCUUCUGGACAUUGCCGAGUCGUGUGUCUCCGUUUACACAGAGACCCGCCGCAACGCUCAAAAUGCGGGCGAAUCCGCUCUAAAGACUGUUUGGGGCGCCCGUCUCCUCGUCAUCCCACCCCUUCUCACGGCUCUCCAGAAGGGCAUCAGGGAGAACGACCAUGCGCUCAUCAAAGGUGCUUUGUUUUCUUUGCUGCUCGGCAGUGUUGCCAAAACGGUCGGUCGUCAUUGGAAACACACCCCUACCUUGGUCAGGACUUUCAUAGAAGCAAGUGCUGUCGACAAGCCGUCUGUGCAGAGAAUCUGCUCGGCUGCUGUUUUCCAAAUCAUGGACUAUGGUCGUUCUAUGGAGAGAAUGGCUAUCCUGGAUCGGGACAUCAUCGAAGCAAUCGCUCCAAAGGUCCCUGUUGACGCUCAUAUCGCAAACAAGCGGGCUAGUAUCAACAAAAAGCGUGUUCUUAUUGAGAAGAGGAAGGCUGAUCUGGCUGAAGAGCUUGUGAACCUUGCGAGGGUAUCUCAUUGGAAGGUUGCCAGUCGUGCUGCUACAAUCGUCAUCACCAUGGGCCUGAGAUUUGAUUAUAUCGCCAGUGAGAACCUCGUGGACCUGGUUACUCACGGAUCCAUUGAUGAUCACCCCGGCCUGCGUGGUAUGUACUCUCAGGCGCUCAUCGCCUUGUUUACGAUGAUCGAUGUCCGGGCAAUCUGCAAUCAUGACUACAAGAACUUUAUCCUAGGACGCCAGCAUUUCCCUUCCAAGGUCAAGGUUGCCACCAAGCGGCACGAUGAAGGAUGGACCGAGGAAUACCUCGCAAGCUUUGCUAAUCCCGAAGCGGAGUACUACGUUGAUCAUGACUUCCCCGGCUGGCUGGUGUGGGCGGACAGCAUGCCUGCCUAUAAGUCAAAUGUGGCACGGGAUAUUGAAUACGACGAUGUAGAAUGGAAGGUCCGGGAGUACAUGGGUAAAUUGUUCGACAGAAAGUGGUUCUCCAAGUUUUUCAUGUACUUGAAGCAAGAGCCACGGGACCCUACGGCCGACAAGUUCCGCAUGCCCUGCGCAAUGAUGCUUCUCUACGCCUUUGAGUUGAUGCUCCGGGAUGGACUCACAACUGCUACCUUCAAGGAAAUCCAGGAAGAGAUCGAGAUCGUUUUUGAGGAUGGCAGCGACAAGCACCAGCAUCGGGCUACUGCUGAGAUUCUUGGUGCUCUGGUGAGCUCUGUGGCGGACACAAGCGUAGAGAAGCGGACCAUGGUCUGGGAAUAUGCCUUCCCCAUCGUGCAAAAGAUAUUUACCGAUGGCCUGACUCCCGAGAACUCUGGUUAUUGGACAACAUUCUUGCAUAUGAUUCUCCAGUGCCGUGAUCCUCGAAGGGCUUGGCCGUUGGUCGAUUGGCUCGCCAGCUUCCGGUUGGAUAUGGGGACGAACGCCGCAUUCAAAGAAAGCUCCAAGAUCAAUUUGCUACACCAGUCUAUCAUCGAUGCAGGGUGGCACUUCCAGCUCGAGAAGCCGAUCAUUGAAGAUUUUAUUGCUCAUCUCGAUCACCCCUACAAGGGCGUUCGCGAAGCGAUGGGUCAGACGAUCGCAACGAUAUUCCGCACCAGAUACCACGAGUCAUAUGCCGACCUCAAGGGUCUUCUCACAGCCCAGGAGUCGGCAUCCACGGUUGGCACGUACCCUUACCUUCCGACAGAGGACUUUACCAAAAUGCUUCGCGGCGUCUUUGAGCGCAUUGAAAAAUGGCGACAUGAGAGAGUACCUGGUCAACAGGCACCUUCUUCUUACACGUCCGGCUGUAAGACAGUUCUUCUGUGGCUCGACUCUACCCUUUCGUCCCACGAGUGUACACAGCUGGUUCCCUUCUUCCCAGAUCUGUUCACAGGACACCUCUUGCACAUGAUGGAUGUGAAGGAAGACCCGGAGCUCCAGUCUCUGGCAUACCACGUCUUCCGGCAUUUACCCAACAUCCCCUAUCCUGCUGAGCAGGACUCUGGGUUCAUCAAAACACUUAUCCACAUCGGCCAGACUUCGCCAUCGUGGCAUCAGCGCCUGCGAGUCAUGAUCAACAUCCAAAUCAUAUACUUCCGUCGUCUGUUCUUGCUCGCAGUCGGCGAUCGUGACAAGCUGUUUGAAUGUGUGGCAAGCAUGCUAGAAGAUCCCCAGCACGAGGUGAGAGUGGGGGCAUCGGCUACGCUUUCCGGAAUGGUUCGUUGUUCGCCUGUUUCUCUCCGGCAGGCGAUGGUCAGCCGGCUCAAAGCACGGUUCACCAAAGGACUGGCCGAGAAUCCUCUCCCAAAGAAGCCAAAGGGCCUCCGCUCCGGCCUGUCCACCCCCAUCUCCUCAGGAGCUGGUACCCCGACUCCCGAGCACACGCGUCUCAUCAUUGUUCGGCACGGCGCUGUCCUUGGGCUCGGAGCUCUGAUCCAGGCAUUCCCAUACAACAGUCCGCCACCGACGUGGAUGCCCGAGGCGCUGACUACAUUGAGUGUUCGUGCCGCAAGCGAUCCAGGCAUUGUUGGCUCGAGCGUCAAGUCUAUCAUCAGCGAGUUCAAGAAGACCCGGCAAGAUACGUGGCAUAUUGAUGCGAAGGCUUUUACACCCGAUCAGCUCGAAGACCUUUCUGGAGUGCUUUGGAAGAGUUAUUUUGCAUAAAGGAUGCACGAGAAGUGACGAUCAUUGCUGUUGUUUAAUGAGAGUGAUGUGCGCUGUGUUUAUUCCUUCUAGACAUGCUUGACGCCUACAAGAUCAGUUUGGGUUUGCCUGGGCUAUAGUACUGUCGGAUACUGUUGAGAUGGUCAUUCAGCAUUUAGUAGCAUGUUGGGGGAUUAUCAUGAUCCAAAUCCACCGAGAAACUUUUAAUUCUUCUACUUUGAGCAAUAUGUACUGCUUGCUUGCUUGCUUGUUCUGUCCUUGUGGUUCUUGUGUCCCCAUCACAUGUCUGCCCACCAUUCUUUGUGCCAGAUAAUAGUCAGCUUGCAUGAGUAGAGUUAGCCAACAUCAGACAUCUCACGAGGUUAUCAACUCA